AUGUCCCAUACCCUGGUGCCCUCACCGCCACUCACUGAGCCUCUGGUCCUCACAGCCACUCACUGGCCUCUGUAUCCUGCACCUGGUCACCGGCUCAGUACCUGCACCUGGUCACCGGCUCAGUACCUCUACCUGGUCACUGGCUCAGUACCUCCACCUGUCACGGCUCAGUACCUGCACCUGGUCACCGGCUCAGAAUCUCCUGGUCACUGGCUCAGUACCUCCACCUGCUGUGAUCACACUGUGAUCACACUGCCUCAAGCUGUGAUCACACUGCCUCAAGCUGUGAUCACACUGCCUCAAGCUGUGAUCACACUACCUCAAGCUGUGAUCACACUACCUCAAGCUGUGAUCACACACCUCAAGGUCACACUGCCUCAAGCUGUGAUCACACUACCUCAAGCUGUCACCCCAAGCUGGUCACACUACCUAGCUGUGAUCACAAGCUGCGAUCACACUGCCUCAAGCUGUGGUCACACUACCUCAAGCUGUGAUCACACUGCCUCAAGCUGUGAUCACACUACCACAAGCUGUGAUCACACUACCUCAAGCUGUGAUCACACUACCUCAAGCUGUGGUCACACUACCUCAAGCUGUGGUCACACUACCUCAAGCUGUGACCACACUACCUCAAGCUGUGACCCAACUACCUCAAGCUGUGGUCACACUGCCUCAAGCUGUGGUCACACUACCUCAAGCUGUGAUCACACUACCUCAAGCUCUGUGGUCACACUAUCUCAAGCUGUGACCACACUACCUCAAGCUGUGGUCACCCUACCUCAAGCUGUGAUCACACAUCCUCAAGCUGUGGUCACACUACCUCAAGCUGUGACCACACUCCCUCAAGCUGUGGUCACACUACCUCAAGCUGUGAUCACACUACCUCAAGCUGUGAUCACAUUAUCUCAAGCUGUGAUCACACUACCUCAAGCUGUGAUCACACUACCUCAAGCUGUGAUCACACCUCAGGCCACACCUCCCCAAUCUGUGAUCACACUCCCUCAAGCUGUGAUCACAUUCCUCAAGCUGUGA